AUGAAGCGCACAAGUGACAUGGAUGUUUUGGCUCUAUGGCUUGUCAAUUCUUGGAGACUUUAUAAUCUUUUACGGCAAUACAGUGGGGAAAGUAAUAAUGAAUGGUCUGCUGGAAAUACGGAGAUGCAGAACAGCUAUCGAAUGCAGAGUUUUGAUUUGGAGCCAAUUCGAAAUCAGUUGCGCGCCCGUGUUGAGGAAUUUCCCGGGAUCCUCCAGCACGAAAGUAGCCAUGACGCAUUUAUCCUCAGUGGUGACGACGGUGGUAUGAAAAAGCAGGCCUCGAAAGACCAAUCGUCUCAGAGGGCGCUCGACGACCUUAUUGAACUCCUAAAUUUUAUUCACACUAAACUGAAAUUGUACGGCGCUGACCCUGUACUGCUUGACCAAAUCUUUGGACAGAUGACAUAUUGGAUUUGUGCUUUGGCUCUCAACCAUCUCAUGUUUCGCAAAGAGCUGUGUAAUUUUGAGAAGGCAAUCCAAAUCAAGCAUAAUGUCACGGAAAUACAGAACUGGCUAUUUGAAAAAGGCUUCGGGACUCACCGCGAUACACUAGAGCCUCUGGUUCAAGCGUCUCACUUAUUACAAUCAAAAAAAGACGAAUCAAAUUUGGAUACUCUUUGCGGUGACAUGACUUCCAAGUUAAAGCCAAAGCAGGUGAUAUCAAUCCUGCAACAUUAUGCCCCAUCGGACGGAUUCGAGGAGCGAAGAAUGGACCCAGAAUUCCUUGUUAAGGUGGCAGAAAAACUUGCUGAGAGGACAAGGCAAAUGGGAGGGACGGAAGCCGACCAAAAUGCUUUAAUAAUGAUGGGCACUUACCUAAAACCUUUUGACUCGAAGCCGUUCGUCCACUCAGAUUUCGCGCUAGAGAUGCUCUCAUUACCAACCUGCUUGCAUCUUCAAACUGUCUGUCGUUUGCUAUAG